GCGCGGUGUAUCUCGAGUGUAGCGACUGAGAGAUGCAGGUCAGUUACAUCGAGGGGAAAAAAUGAACGGGAAUGAGAUGACGACCGUAGAACAACAAUAUUUACAAGAUCAGAAGCGACUCAAGAACUCGAGCGUAUCUCCAGAGCCCAAAGCCAUCUACAACACAAGCUCACUGCCCUACGACAUUCGCUCCACAAUCUCUCUCACCAGUCGCAAGCGUAGAUGUAGAGACGCAUUCGCCGACAAGCUUCUCGAAUGCAGACGACGCUACACCAUCUACAGCAAGCAUCCAGAUCUUCUCAAACACGUCAGCUCGAAUGCUCGCAACCGCAAGAGGGUCAACAAUCUUCUUCGCCAGGAUGAUUUCGCCAGAAAUCCUUAUCUCGAAUGGAGUUGCCAAGAGCUCAUGAUUGCGUUGAUACAAUGCAAGAUCCCACUUCCUCGCGAGGGCGCAGGAUUAAGAUUUGAGUGUCGUCUUGCUCUUGAGGAAGCCGUCAGAGCAGACCGGUUUCGUUUGAUGGACCUGCCCAAGGAACUUCGCAUCAUGAUCUACGAGCGCGCUCUCAGACAGGAUGAGCCCCUUGAUACCACCGAUGGAUGGCCUGCUCUAACUUGUGUGAGCUAUUAGCUGCAGCAAGAAGCCCCAGAUGUUAUCGUUCGCAUCGGCUGCAUCCAGCUAUUCAUCAACUGCAGCCCCUGCCCCUUCAAACCCAAGAAGUGCUCAAAGCUAGAGCAUAUCGACUCCGGCCACACUGACUGGUUGAAGAGCAUUGUUCCAGAAGCUGUCGCCAAACUGCGUAGGAUAUCGUUCUACUGUAGAUGUUAUUACACCCUGGUGGCAUACUUGCGUAUGAAUGAAGCCAACAAAACUGCUUGAUACGCUCUGACAAACACAUAGCGUGCCGCUGACCCAGCGAUACUGUUUGUGUGUGAAAGCGUGUCACGCAUAGCUAGCUGGGCCAUGGCGCAGCAAUCUUUGAAAAGGUAUCAAUGUCCACCGAGAUGCAGAAUCUGACUCUCGGCGGCGGCAUCAUGAAUCU